UUUAGCCAUGUGGUUUCAUUGAUCGGCAAUCGUUAUUCGUCAACCGUCUUGUUACUUGUUUUCUUGUUUACACUUUAGUCUUUACUCGUGAAUUUUAAUAAUAAUAAUUUAACGUUAUAAUAUUUUUGAAUCGUCCAAUAUGGAUCAAGACGACGUUGUUUGGUCGAUAAUCAAAGACACAUUUUGUUCGUUUAAAAUAAAAACGGAUAAUUCUUGUUUUUGCAAAAACGAAUACAACGUAUCUGGAUUGUGCAACAAAACUCAUUGCCCGUUGGCCAACAGCCGAUAUGCAACCGUAAGAGAAGAUAAAGGUAUAAUAUACCUGUAUUUGAAAACGGCCGAACGGUCAGUUUACCCUAAUAGACAAUGGGAAAAAAUUAAACUAUCCAGGAACUUCCAGAAAGCAAUAAUGCAGAUAAACGAAAACAUGCUUUACUGGCCGGGACCUUUAAAAUCCAUGUGCAAGCAACGUUUUGUACGGAUAACACAGUACAUAAUAAGAAUGCGUAAACUAAAACUAAAAACACAGAGAGAAUUGGUCUCUAUGCCGAGAAAAGUGGAAAAGCGAACUAAAAGACGUGAAUACAAAGCCGAGAUUGCUGCUCGUUUGGACAACGUAAUAGAAAAAGAAUUGAUCGAAAGACUUAAAAAAGGAACGUACGGUGACUUGUAUAAUAUUAACCAGAGUGCAUUUGAAAAAGCCUUAGAAAAUGAAGGCGAAGAAGAUGAAGAAGACAACGAAGAAGACACCGAGUAUGUUGCCGACGAGGAAGACGAUGAUAUAUCCUUUGACGAAAAUGACGUUGAAGAAGAUUUUGUCAUGUCGGACGGCGAAGGUGAAAUUGAAGACAUCGAGGAUAUGCAACCUAAAAAUGCAACAAAGAAAUCAAUUGAGAAAUGCAAAACUAGACCUCACCUUGAAAUUGAAUACGAAUAACUUAUGUUAACAUACUAUAUUAAUAAUAACGAGAAAAUAAAACCACAAAUCAGAA